AUGACGCCCCUUCUGCUCGCCUCCACCUUGGAGGACAUCACCAAGACCAAGCUGCGCAAGCUCAAGCAGAGCCAAGUGCAGUUCGCAGCUCACCGCAAGAACAUCGUUGAUGACGUCAACAAAGAAUCUACUCAAGCUGACAAGCUGCGAAAGCUUAUCGACGGACUAGGCAAGAAGCUUGGAAUUCACAAGGAACGUCGCUUGAUCAACGUCCAAGCAUACCUCCAACAGUCCUCGUUUGACUCAUCCGUCUCUGAAUCCGAGCUCAAGGCCUUGCGGACUCAGGUCGAAGGCAUUCUGGAUACUGAAGGCUCUAAGUAUGAGUUCGCUGGUCUCUUUGGUCAGCUCGUGUCAGACUGGAAUGAUUACCACAACCUCCCAGCUGCUGGAGCCGCCUAUUCCCCGACAAUCAAGCAAGAAGACAGUCUGUUGAUCAUCUCAAACGAUGAGUCUUUCGUGGAUGGUGCUGUGGUGGAAGAGAUGAGCCGGCAGAGAAAGGAAUGGGAGGCGUUAGCUUUUUCUUAUGGCAACGUAUCCAGCAGUGACGUGAAAGGCUAUCUCAAGGAGCUUUUCGAGGAUCCGGAAUUUCCCACAGCGCGUGGAAAGGCACUCAAGAUUCUUCAGAAGCAACUUCAGAACUUCAAGAUCAAGGAGACCCUAGACAAGCAGUCGCUCCGAUGGUGCAUUGACAGCCUUCUCAAGAACGACCUCUUCUCAGGCGAGAAGCGGCAGUCACUAGUUGAGUUGAAGAAGCGGUCAGACGUGCUAGACGAGUUGGCUGAUUCACUCAACAUGGAUUUGGAGUCGAUCACCACCUGGAACUGGAAAUCCUCGCCAGUCUUUAUCGAUCUACGCAAGAAUCUGAAUGGCAAGUUUCGGGCUUACAUGGACGAGGAUACCCAUGAAGCAAUCCUGCUGCAGUUCGUUGGUCUUAGCUGGGCCACGUACUUGAAGAAAUGCUUGAAUGAGUUCAAGGCCAGCGCAUGGACUCAGCCCCCUCGGAAGCAUGAGGGUGAGCCUGAUGAUCCUAAAGCCUUUCGUCAUGUUUGGCUUACUAGGAACACCACGGAGAAUCUCCGAAGCACUCGACUUAGGGAGUACCAGGCGAGUUACUUCAUGACACAGCUGCCGAAAUCAAUGAAGGAAGGCGCUCGAGAGUACAAGGACGAGCCAGACGAGGCUGUACAGACCAGCAAUAGAGCUACUCGCAACCAGGCCGCCAUUGGCGGAGUGCUCGGCGCGGGACAAGAUGAUGAUACAAACACCUCCUUUGCUGUCAAGCAGUCGCUUCUCCGUACCGCCACGACGGAGAUGCUCAUCUCUACGCAGAUGCAGCGGCCGUUUACGAUCUUGCAGUCCGAUUUCAAGUCAUUCGGACCGUCCCUUCCUCAUACGACAAUUUUCACAGUGCUUGAGUACCUCGGAGUCUCCCCCGACUGGCUCAACUUCUUCAAGGUGUUUCUUAGCUGUCCCCUUGCAUUGACUGCCGCACCACUGUCAGGGGAGCCUCGCGUGCGCCAGCGUGGCGUACCAGACAGUCACCAGCUCAGCGAUAUGAUGGGCGAGGCGAUUCUAUUCUGCCUCGACUAUGCAGUGAACAAGCAGACGCAGGGUGCCAAUCUCUACCGACUUCACGACGAUCUAUGGGUCUGGGGAGAAGAAGGUGUCUGCUUGGCUGCCUGGAAAGAGAUCCAAAAAUUCUCCAAGUUCAUGGGCAUGGAAUUGAACAUGGACAAGACCGGCUCUGAAGUUGUAGCUCUUGGACCCUCGAACACCCCGUCGCCAUUGUCUAUAACCGAUUCUAUCCUUCCCAAAGGACGUGUUCGCUUCGGACUCCUUUACCUCGAUCCAGCGAACGGCCAGUGGGUCAUUGAUGAGGGAAAGGUCAAUGGCUACAUCGAGGAAGUCAGGAAGCAUCUCGGUGCUUGUCGGAGUAUCCUUGCCUGGAUCCAGGCAUGGAACAGCUUCAGCCGGUUCCUGGGUAGCAACUUCGCGCAUCCAGCGCACUGCUUCGGGCUCGACCAUGUCAACAUGAUGCUCAAGGCUUACCGUCGUAUCAUCGACGGAAUCCUUUCUGAUCGCCCGAGCGCGAAGGGCAACAUCGUGGAGUACCUGCGGGAGCGAGUCAAGGAGGAUUACAACAUCGAGGACGUUCCAGCAGGCUUCAUCUACCUCCCCGUCGAACUUGGCUGCCUCGAGGUCCACAAUCCAUUCGUCGACCUCCUGCUCGUUCGUCGCAACUGCCUGAAGAAUCCUGGAGACAAGAUCAAAGCUGCGGAGGAGCAAGAGAAGAAAGAUUACGAGGACGACAAGAAGCUGUUCAUGGAGGCCCGCCAACGCUACAACAAGUCCGUCAAGCCAUUCAUCCCCUUCAGCGAGUAUAUCAAGAACCGUGAGGAGACAAGCAAGGCCCUCUACCAGGCCUAUCAAUUCCUGAAGACGGCACCGGAGCAAGGCGAUGUCCCCGGCUCCGUCAAGACCAAGACUGCGCUGAAGGAGCUUCCGCUUGAGGGUUGGAGCAAGGGAUUCGGCAACGAUUGGACGAAGCUGUCGCCGUACUGGAAGUGGAUGGCGCAGCAGCAUUGCGAUGAGAUGCUGGAUAGGUUCGGUGGACUGCCUGUGAGCGAUCGGAAGGUGCUUGUAGUCGGCUUGCUGAAGACUCUGCGGAGUGAAAAGGUUAGAUGGCAGAUCUGAGGCGGGCGUUGCAGGUGCUCGGGUUACAGGUACUGGGGAUUACAGGUACUUGAGACGAGAUGGUGAGUCUCUGGCGACUGAUGCUUAGAUACUGCCACUAGUGAGCACAAGUGAGAGGGCUUCUUAGCCUUCUUACAAAAUUCACACAAUAGUCUUAUUUGCAGUGUUUCAAUCUUUGCAUGUGCCAUGCCGCGAGGUGUCUUCAAGCUAAGCAUACGUUGACAGUACACUAUUCUGCCAGCGUAUGAGGUACUUCGAAGUGGUUUCAGGUUCCUUGAAACGAUCGAUUUCCGGUUUCCGAGACCUCCUCGAGGCACCUCAGACGCCGUCAAACGGGUGUACGCACGAAGCAGACUCCUUGAAU